AUGACUUUCGCAACCGCCACCCGGAAGCUGAAACGAGCCGCGAGGAUCAUCCUAGUGGGAGCUCCAGGUGUUGGAAAGGGCACACAAUCUGAGAGACUUAUGAAACGGUUCCCACAGUUAUGCUCGAUUGCGACCGGAGAUCUAUUGCGCGACAACGUCCAAAAACAGACUGCGCUGGGCCAGCAAGCCGACGCCUACAUGAAAGCCGGUGGCCUUGUACCGGACCCCUUAAUCCUGAACCUCAUUCUAAACGAACUCACCUCGAGAAAGUGGCUUGACACAUCCGACUCCAACGAGAAUAUAAUCGCAGCUCUCGAGAGGGGAAAUGGUUCUGCCUCUUCGGUCGUUCACGCAUCCAAUUCACCCGACACAUCGUUCAUCCUCGACGGCUUUCCCCGUACGGCGACCCAAGCCAAGGCCCUGUCCCAUUUGCUCCCCAUAAACUUGGUAUUCCAGCUCAUCACGCCCGUGGACAUCAUUCUGUCUCGCAUGGCCAACCGCUGGAUACACGCGGCGUCCGGGAGAGUGUACAACGUGGGAUUCAAUGAUCCAAGGGUUCCUGGCAAGGACGACGUUACAGGAGAGCCAUUGAUGCAAAGAGAUGACGACAGUGAGGAUACGUGGAGGAGGCGACUCGCGAAAUUUGAGGAAACGAGCCAGAGCCUGUUGGAUUUUUACCGGGAGAGGGACCAAAGCCUGGUAGUCAAAGUGCAGGGAAAUAGCAGCGACGAAAUCACGCCUCAGAUCUUUGCAGAAGUUGAAGAGCGAUUUGGAUGA